AUGAAGCAGAAAUUGACAUCAUCGGUUCUAAUUAUUUUGCUACUUGUUCUGACUGCUGUGAGUCUGACGGGUCAAUCAUACCCUGGAAAACCUAAGAUAAUAAGAUGUCGUUCUCUAGAAAAGGAAACCUUUUCUUGUUGGUGGAAGCCUGGCUCAGAUGGAGGACUUCCUACCAAUUACACCCUGUUCUACAGCAAGGACAGUGAAGAAAAAAUCUAUGAAUGUCCAGACUACCGAACAUCAGGUCUCAAUUCCUGCUACUUUGACAAAAAUCACACUAAUCCCUGGACAACAUAUAACAUCACUGUAAUGGCAACGAAUGAGAUUGGAAGUAACACCUCAGAUCCUCAGUAUGUGGAUGUGACUUCCAUAGUUCAGCCAGAUGCUCCUGUGAACCUCUCUCUAGAAACAAAAACAUCUGCUAGCAUAAUGUACCUUUGGACAAAAUGGUCUCCACCUCCAUUAGGUGAUGUCAGCUCUAAUUCGCAUGUAUAUCAUUAUGAGCUACGACUAAAACCUGAGGAAAAGGAAGAGUGGGAGACGAUAUCUGUUGGAGUGCAGACACAGUACAAAGUGAUUGGGUUGCAAGCUGGGGUGAAGUAUGUUGUUCAGGUUCGUUGCAAGUUAGACCUUGGAGAAUGGAGUAAAUGGAGCUCCAAAAGAUACAUUCAGAUCCCCCGUGGAGAGUCACCUCCCGAAAAGCCUACAAUAAUAAAAUGCCGUUCUCCAGAAAAGGAAACAUUUACUUGUUGGUGGAAGCCUGGUUCAGAUGGAGGACAUCUUACUAACUACACUUUGCUUUACAGCAAGGAAGGCACAUGGGUCUGUCCAGGUGACAUAUUCUGGAAUGGCACUAGCAGCCACAUAUUUAAGGUUGAAAUAAGAUCUCUCUAUAAUUACAGGUUUUACAAAUUUCUGUGA